AUGGACGCCGGAAGACCCUCCUACGGGGUCAAGACCCAUCAGCUACUAACGUUGACAGCUCUCCUGGUUGGCAAAAACGCCAUUUUCAAGUUACCCUACCUACUCUUCGCCUAUGGAGCAGGUAUGGGCUACACUAUGACCUUCUACUUCACCCUGGGCAUGGUCGUGUUCUGCACGGAGUGCUCCUACUCGACGGUGUUCCUCGUGAACUGGUUCCAGAAUCCUCUUCCGUGGGCUGACUGCGACCAGGAUUGGAUGCCCGAUAAAGAGUCCUGCUACGUUCAAACGUCCGACAUGACAUUCAUGGUUGAGGUUACCGCUCCAGUCUACGAAAGUCGUAAUUCUGCUAAGUUGACCUUAAUUUAUAAGUACGCACGGCCCAAACUGGCGUUUGGUGGCCUCGCCACGAGCCGAGACUAUGCCAUCUGCAGUGCUCAACCUGGUUGUGAACUGUCCGUCGACAGAACGAGGGUUCUCCGGAUCAGCACGGAGACAGGUGAUGCAAGCAGCGUCCACCCCGAGAUGACCGUAACCACAGCCGUGUUGUGGCUGAUCACGUACGGGCUCACCAGGAACGGGGUGCACAAGAACAAACACAUUAUCUACGCGAUUGUUGCCUUCUCUACUCUGAGCCUAAUCCUCCUCGUGGGCGUGGCACUGACGCUGGAGGGCAGUAAGCUUGGCCUCUUGUUACUCCUGCGAAGUCGAACUUCGAGCUUCUACGAUUACAAGCUCUGGAGGGACGCCUUGAAGAUGUGUGUCGGUCACAUAGGCAUAUUGGGCAGCGCAUUUCUCAACGUUGUGCGCUUCAACACCUUUAAAAACAAUCUGAAAUUGUGA